CUGUAGACACUUUAGACGUUAUAAACAGUUUUGUCGUGGACGUUAAUGGUCAUUGUUAACUUGUCGGUCACUGAUCUAAACUAUUUUUAUAAACCUCAUCGACAACUAUAUCGUGUAAGUAUAUUAAUACAUAUUAUAGAACGUUGCUGUUUCGUGGCAUUUAUAUAUUAUAAACAUUUAUUAGAAAUAAUGAAUACAACUCAAUUGUUUAUCAUCUCCAUCAUGAUUUUUGUCGUCCACCACGUACUUUCAGAAGACCACCCAGAAGAAUGUGAAACUUUACCUUCUGAAUUGCAUAUCAUUAAAGGUAAAUUAUAUCGUAUUAUUUUAAAUUAAUUCAAUUUAUAAUUUUUAUAAUGGUUUAUUUAGAGGAAUUCGAUGAACUCGGACGACUACAAAGAACAUGCAAUGGUGAUAUAGCGGUGAACAAGUGCGAAGGAGCGUGCAACUCACAAGUACAACCUAGUGUCAUAACUCCUAGUGGAUUCUUAAAAGUUAGUAUUACUUUAUAAUUUAAUUAUUAUAUAAAUAUUACGUGAAUUUUAUAAUUCAAAUUUGUGUACAAUAUAUAUAAUUUUAUUUCAUAAUAAAUUGUAUCUAAACAUUUUAAAAAAGUCCUAUGAGAUAGGUACUUUUCUAAAUAUCUGAUUUGUACAAAAUUCUUCUUGAUUGUAGCUAUUAAAAAAAAAAAAAAAAUUUUGUUUUAAAAGAUGAGCUUUGAGAAGAAUGUAUUAGUUUUACUAUGAUGUGGGCUUCUUUUUUUCUGUCUAUGAGUAAAUUUCCCACAAGAAAUCUUACUCCAAUAAAAAAAAACAAAAAAAAGUUACGUUUUUUUUGUUGCAUUUCGUAUUUAGUUGGUGCAUUAAGGAAGUCAUUUUUCAAGUGAUUUUCAUAAUAGUGGCAUUAAUAAUGGUUUCAUUAUUUUCGAUUUUGUUUUUUUGUUGUAAAUUUUAAUUAGGUUAAAAAUAAUUAUUGGGGACUUGAGAUUUUUACAAAAUACUUAUAUUAGGCUUUAUGAACUUGGUUAAUUUGUCUAAACAUUCUGAAAAUUUUUAAGCUAUUCGUAUUUAUAGGCAUUUGAAAUGUUUGAGUUUUUGAGUUUUUAUUUAUCAAAAUUUUCAAUUAGUAGCCAAAAAAUGAGUUACGUAAUACAUUAGGUUUUCUAUAAGCGAUUAAAAUCAGAUAUUUACGAAAAUCGUAAAAAUUACGGCAUUUCAAAACAUUGUACAAAUGAACUACAUCAGAAUCGUUUUUGAUUAGUAAUGGUUUUUCAUUGCGUAAAUACAUAUUUAAAUUAAACAACUUUAUGUAUUCUACCUUCUCAACUUCCCACUUACCAUAGUGACUAAGGACUAAACCUAUAUUCAGUAUCAAUAUGAUUUAUAUAUCAUAUAAUUUAAUCCAUAAAAAUGUCUUAAACAAUAUUUUAUACAAAUACAGUAAUCAAAAAGUAGGUGAUAAUGUAAUAUAUAUAAUAAUCGUAACAAUAAUACAUAUUAAUAAUAUGAUCAAUUACAUUUCGAAUAGUUGAAAUAAAAAUCUAAAAAAGACGUCCUAGGAUAAUGGAGUCGGGUGCAGCUACUGUUAUAACUUAUAAGUAAUUUAAUGUACAACUGUAAGUAACGAUAAACCAUUGCUAACGGAAAACCGAUUCUUAGUGGAGCUCAGUUGAUAGUGCUGCUUUGUCAACAAUAUAUAUGUCAUAUUAUGAUAAAAUAAUUAAAUAGGUAUUAUAUAUUUUCUUCAAUAUAAUUUGUUUAAUGUUGUAUCGAUUUUCCUGUUUUUCCCAUGUUUUUUCCCGGAUUAUCACAUUUGCAAAGAAAAAUCUUGGACAAAUCGAAAAAUGAUCUCCCUAAAGUACUUUUCCAGUCAGAUUUACUUUCAGAAAAAGUGCUAUCAUUGUAAAUCUGAGCAAAAUUGCUUGUAGAAAAGUUAUACACAGAAAAAAAAAAGUCAUAAUAUUUCUUUUACUAAUACCUACAUUUUGUAUAUUUUCCUUUUUUCCGACAAAUUAUCAGAGUUAUUUCCUGUUAUUAUGAAAAUCGACUGAAAAAUCACAAAAAUUACUUCCCUAACUCAUGAAGAUAAAAUUUCCUUUCAGAAAAUAAACUACUCUUGAUACAUGAGAGCAAUAUUCCUGAUAGAAAAGUUAGCACAACAAAUCGAGGGGUAUUUUUACAUUAAAAUCGCCAAGCAAGCAAUAGCUUUGUUUCUAGGUAUACUUAAAAUGCAUUUGUUUUUUCCCUAUCUAAGUAAAAGGGAAAAAAAUGCAAACAAUUUCUUUUAAAACCCGGUGGGUUUGAACCCAUGACCCAUGACCCAUGACAACACGCACUCAUUACCAUUCAACUACAACAAACAUUUAGUAAAAUAUAAUAUAGAGUUAUUUAAUAUAAAAAUGCAAUAUCUGCAUAAUAUUUAAACCUCAGAAAACUAUAAUUUCGAAACUUAGUCAGUCCGCUCAAUUCUGACUUCACCAUCUUAUCUUUUUCAAAUCGGUAAAACAUAUAUGUAAAAAAAAAAAAAAAAUUGAAAAAUUAAAUUUGUUCUACAUAAUUUUUUGCUAAAGCAAUUUUCGUCAAAAGUCUUUAAUAAAAACAAAUACUACAUUAAACUAAUUUUUUUUUUUACCAAAAAGUAAGACAUAAUAGCCUCCUAUUAAGUUUUCAAGCAUUUCCGUUAAGUCAAACAAUUUUACCACAGAGUACAUACAGAAUAAAAAUUACGUACAAAACUCACAAAAUUUAAAUUUGUCAUAAAUAGUUUAGAAAUGGCUUCAAUUUACCACGUUUAAAAAAGACAAAUAUAAGUUUUUUGUCCAAAUUUCAAGUCUCUAUGAAGAUUUUAAACUGAAUUACAACAAAUAACAAAAUUGAUAAAUUAUAAAAACAUUUCCUGUUUUUUUUACGUUUUAUCCUGGUUUUUUCCAGAUAUUAUGAAAACUGCUUGGAAAAUCAAAAAAUUACCCCCCAAAUAUACCAUCUGGUCUAUAUUUUUUUUCAGAAAUGGUGCCGCGCGUACAUAUUGGAACAAGAUUUCUUGUUGGAUUUUUGCACACAAUAUAAAAAAAAAAAAUAAAAAUAUAAACACCUUAGUAAAACCAAUACAUUCUUUGCUCCACUCAAAAUCUAAGAUAAGAAAUACAAUAUUACACUAAAUUUUUCCUUUUUUUGACCACUAAGUUACCAGGGAUAUUUCUGGUAGAAAACUUAAUUUGUACAUACUAAAAACACUGAAAACGGUAACGCCGUGGCUUGCCGUAAAUAUUUGUCGUUUUACCUACAAUUUUCAUUCGAGGUUUUUCCAAUUAUUUCGAAAAAACUCUAGAAACAAAAGAAUACAACCCAAAUGCACCGACGAGAGAAAAUAACCAUUCAGAAAAGGUGCUAUAGUCUAUACUUCGAAGCAAGUUUUCUGGUAAAUAUAGAAAAAUUGCUCACAGACACACAAAAAAAAAAAAAAAAUACACAUAAUGGUAAAAUCAAUAGAUCCCUCGCUAUGCUUCGAAUCUAAAAUAACAAAUAUUGAUAUUAUUCAUAUUACUUAAUUUGGCUUCGAUAAUUCGAAUUUUGAAAAUCAGGCUUCUUUCAAAACAACAAAAUGUGUGAAUGAAAAAAAAUUAAUGAAAUCCAAUGAUUCUAUAGAACGUGACAUUUUUUCCCGUAAGACAAUUUUUUUAAAUUAAAUCACAGGCUCUAAUAACCAUAAUCUUAAAUUGCUUUAUUGUUAGUUUCAAUUACUUCGUUUGGGGGUUUUUGGGGAAAAACUUCAUAAAGUUCGGGUUUUCUGUUUCAUUUAUUUCUUAGUUAUAAUUUAACAUUUUCAAUUUUUUUUUUUUUAAAUGUGUGUUUAAAAUGCUUAAUCCAUUGGGAUAAUCUAAAUUUACCUUUCAUACUUACUUUUAUAGUUUUUGUAAAUUUAUCUUGAAAAAUAAUAUUUUAGAAAUUAAUUCAAAAAGUUAUUGAUAUUUUGAUUUGUAAUCAAAAUAUGUUUUUUUAUUGAAGUCAGAAUGUCUAUCUGGCUUAAUUUUAGAGCUACAAACGUCUAAUGAAGUUUACCCCAUAGCUUCCAAACGAAAACAAAAUAUGACUGUUGAUUUAGUUUCGAAAUCCAAGUGAGAAUUUAUUUCCAUUAAUUAUUAUAUUUUUAUUAUAAAAGUUUAUUAUUUGAAAUAAUUCAAUGACGAUUAUCUACAAAUAAUAAAACAAAAUAAAUUGCAUAAGUAUUUACUUUUUUUGUACCUAAUACAUGGGUACAUAGAUUUUAUUUUAGCUACCUAACCAAAUUUAUAAAACGUAACAAAACAAUAUACAAUGAAUUACAAUAAUUAUCAUCAUAAUUUGUAUUGUAUAACAUGAUUUAAUUUUAGGAAUGUUAUUGUUGUCGUGAAACAUUUUUGAGGGAAAGGAUUAUCACUCUUACACAUUGUUAUGAUCCUGAUGGCAUGAGAUUGACAAAUGAAAAAUUGGCUACAUUAGAAGUGAAACUAAAAGAACCAGCGGACUGCAAAUGUUUUAAAUGUGGAGAUUAUUCUGGCUAGAUAUUUUAUUUAAAAAUUCGUAGGUACAAUGAGUACUUAGAAAAUUUCCCAAUGUAUUAUUUUAGUUAAUUUAUAAUUAUUAUUAUAUUUAUAGUUUUAAAAACUAAACCUAAGUGUUUUGUUAUUGUAUUUGCACAUUUUCUUGUUUAUAUGUUUUCUUUUGAGUUUAAUAUAACAGCAUAUUUAAUAUAAAUUAUAAAA